GCUUUUUGCUGAUAUAAUUUUCAAUAAUUGUAUACUGACAAAGCAAUAAUAGAAAAAUUUUAUAAAAAAAGUGUGAGUUUGUUGUGUUUAAGUGAUUAAAAAUGGCAGCUGUUGUGGGUGCUAUGGCUGCUUCAUCUGUAGAAAUAGAAGAAUUCAUUAAUGGUGCGCUUGUAGCUUGGCUGGAAUCUUGUUUAUGUCAUCCGGAAAUUCUUUGUGGCUACGAUUCCUUACUCGAUGGACAUAUUAUACAUAAUGUGUGGUUACAAAUUGAUCCAGAACCGUCAACAAAUCCAAGAGAUAUCAAUGACCUUUCAGGUGUGCCCUUAGCAAUGGCUAGAGUUAAAAAUUUCGAGUGCAUUGUGCGGAACAUGAAACAAUUGUUUGAAGAAGAAUUUGGUCAAACAAUUUUAUUAUUACCGGACUGUUACACAUUGGGCUAUCAUUCGGAAACUAAGCAGGGCUUGGAACAAAUGAAAAUUUUGUUAACGUUAUUAUUGGGAGCCGCUGUGCAGUGUCCCAAUAAAGAACAUUUUAUUGGACGCAUUAAAGGAUUGGAUGUUGACACUCAGCAUUCCAUUGUCGAGUUAAUAAAACAGGUAACAGUUAAUCACAGUUUAGUAUUGAGUGAAGAAUCCAUUGAGUUAUUAAGUGCCCAAGAUAUGUACAAUCACAUCGUACGUUUAAGUAGAGAACGCGACAAUAUUUAUCUAAAAUGGAUAUCGGCAAUUUGUGCAGAGACCGUUUUAAAUCAGUCCACAUGUUCAGAAACUCUACCGUCUCUUUCACUUUCCAAUGGUGUAUCCUCGCCGGUUGCAUCGCCAUCUUCAAACGAGAAGAACAAUCAUAUGGCUGUUGAGUUAGCAGAUUCAAAAUCCAGACUAAGAAAAUUACGUCAAGAGCUCGAGGAGAAGUCAGAAAGUUAUCUGGAACUGCGUGAGGAAUUCGAUCAUAAAAAUGCGCAAUAUGAGAAACUUCGCUUGGAAAGUCAAGAGUGGCAUGCGGAAGCGAAACGUGCUACCGCAUAUCGCGAUGAAUUGGAUGUAUUGCGAGAGCGAUCAGAGAGAGCAGACAAAUUGGAAGUUGAAGUGCAAAAACUCAGAGACAAACUUACCGACUCGGAUUUCUACAAGAUACGCGUAGAAGAAUUACGCGAGGAUAAUAGAAUGUUAUUAGAAACAAAAGAAAUGCUGGAGGAACAAUUGCAAAGGUCACGAAAGAGGUCCGAGCACGUUAUGACGUUGGAGUCUGAAAUUAUUAAAUACAAACAAAAAUUAAAUGAUUUGACUUUGGAAAGAGAUGCUGAUCGAUCAAGAAUGGAAGAAUUAAUCGAAGAGAAUACACAAUUCCAGCUGGCAGCGAAAAAUCUAACUAGUACUAUCGAUAUGGAUAAGUCGUUUUCAGACAUUGACGACGGGUGUAAUUCUGGCGAUAAUAGUCUAUCGGAGCAGCUAACAAAUAGUGCACAGACUAGGGUAUUAAAAUUAGAAUUAGAAAAUCGACGUUUGGCAGCUGCGUUGGAUCAAGUAAAAGAAUCUGCCUUUCAUGAGUCAACAAACAAAAUACUGGAACUGGAAAAAGAUAAAAAACGAUUAAGUUUGAAAGUAGAACAAAUGCAAGACAAUAUUCAACGUUUGAUACAACAAAAUAACGAGUUGGAGAAUCUGUUUAAAAAUGCACUGAAAGAAAAUAAAAAAAUUCAAGACACUUUGGAUCAACGUCAAAAAGCGCACGACAAGGAAAGCCAGGAACGCGAAACGGAACGGAAUAUAAUAAUCGAUUUAGAAAAGCAUAUAGAGACUUUAACUAAGGAGAAGCAACGGAUUCAGCGGCUACAUGAAAGCAUACAAAGAAGGGCCGACGAUUUGGAGAGAACAUUAGAAACACGCGGAAAAGAAAUUGAGCGAUAUACAGCAAAAGUUAAAAGCUAUGAAGAAACAAAAGAACUUGUUUACGAAUUGCAAGGCAAAAUUACCGGAUAUGAACGUGAAAAUUCCAGCCUUUCCAGGGAAGUUAAUAAACUUAAAGAAAACUUAGAGGGAAAAUCGGUGGUAUUGGAUCAGAAAUGUGCCGAAAUAUCGAAGCAUGUUAAGGAAAUAAAUCGUUUAGUAAAAGCAGUGGAGGACAACGAAUUGGCGCACGCUCGUAUUACGGAACUUGAAACAAAAAAUCACGAUUUACUUUCUCAGCACGAGAUCGAUCUUCAAACUAUUUCCACACUGCGCAAUGAUCUGGUCAAUGGUACUUUAGCUACUAAUAAAGUAAGACAUAGGCUGGAAAAGCUUGGGCUCAAUGUCGACCCAAUCGCGGAUGAUAAUUCGGACUUAAAUGUAGAGACAGUAGUUGAGAAACUAGUUCGUAAUCCGGAAACUUUCAAGACUGUCCGUGAAAUAAUGUUAAAUGUAUCAAAGCAACAACAAAUAAGCGGGAAUGCUAAAUCUGAUAUUUGUGUGCUAUGCCAUCGCAAAGAGGUUUUCACGGUCGAGAAAAAUAUUGAGUUGUCAUCGCUCUCGCCUAAUAGGGAGCCACGAGCAGUUAGUUUUGAGCACACUGUACGACUGGGGCCAUCCCAAGAAACUGUCGAAUUGAUACGUUUGUCGGAAGCGAACACGCAGCUCUCUGCCCGCUAUGCAACAUUGCAAUCUAUUAACGAAGAAUUGCAAGCUGAAAAUGCGCGAUUUAAAGUAGACGUAGCCACUCUUGGAUCUCAAGUCACCUCAUUGAAUACACAGCACGUAGCUUUGCAAUUGACCAAUUCUCAGUUAAGUACUGAUAAAGACACGUUGCUUAAGAAAAACGAGUCCCUCAAACAAGAGCACAAAAAUCUACUGCACGAUCAAGUUACCUUACAAUGUUUACAUGACCAACUUUCGGCUGAGUAUGAGUCGCUCAACACAGAGAAAGAACAACUGAAAGCAGUUGCGCGUGACUCGAGGAACGAAUCACGCGAAUUGAGAGGACAGAUUGUUAAAUUGGAAAGUCAGGUAAAUGAUAUGAAUAGGCAGCAAUCGUCAAUGACGUCAUGCGUUAAGGAUCUGACAAAUUUGCGCGCAGAGCACUCAAAACUCACAGAUGAUUUCCGUAAUCUAUUUGCGAAUAGUAGUCGUUACAAAAAUGAAUUCAAAAAUAUACAAGAACAGUACAAGCAGAUACGUGAAGAGAAUAAUAAACUAAAGUUGCAAAAUACUGAAAUGAGCGACGAGUUAACUGGUCGUGUUGAUCAAAUCAAAAUAUUGGAAAGGCAGUACAGUCAAUCCACUCAGCGUUGCGAGAUGCUGGUGCAACAGAACCGUGACCUUGACUAUGAGCGUAAAACGUUAAUGGAAAAUGUUUCACAUUUACUAAAGCAAUACCAUGAACUGCUUUCACUUUCGCUGGAGGACAAAAAACAUUUUCACGAAGAAGAAAAAAGUUAUACCGAAUGUGUUCAUAAUCUGACUCGACAGAAAGAAAAGCUUGAAGAAAAAAUUAUGGAAUUAUUCAAAAAAUCAGAAAGUGCAGUACCAAAGAAGAAACCGUUUGCCAGCAGCUUAGUGAGGCGGGUUAAAAAAGCCAGUUCUGACUUCAUGAGCAAGGUUCCAAGUCGUAAUCGACGAACUUGGAUAGAUGACACACGCUCGCCACAGUCAGGAUUCAUGGUAGGCUCAGAGUCUGGUGGCAAUGAUUCUGAUAAUAGCACUGAAGAACCAAUUUCGAUCAGUUCCGAUACUCAUUUGCUGCAGCGUAACAUACCUAUCCGCCAAAGUCUUCAACGAAAUACAUUGGAUAACUCAAUCUCUCGGGGCGGCACACUGCGAAGUAGUCUACAAACACAACGACUUACGGAUUUGGGCAAUUCGCGUAGAAAUAGCAUACACGGUUUGGAAGCACCCGACGUUACGGGCAGUAGUUUAACAUUAGGAACAGCUGGCUCCCGGCGUACAGUAUACGUUAUUGAUGAGAAUCAAAAAAUUCCAGACGCCGCGGCGGGUCAACAAACGACACAUAUAUCAAGUAAUACAAUCAGUGAUAGUCCCACUCCAACUGUGAACAACACAAAUAACGUAGCCGAGUCUCAAACACUUACCGAAAGCGGCCAAAAGAACGACAAUCCUUCCACAUUUCUUGUUUAUAAUCGUAUUAACACCAUUAUGGGUAACUCGUCGCUUAAUUCAAACAACAACGAAGUACAUUCAGCGACUACUGCAGGUAAUCGCGACGACGACGACCAUCAGCAAGAUGACAAUAAAUUAUUACGUAAACGCAGUGAAGAUAAUAGUAAUAGUGUUUGGUAUGAAUACGGAUGUGUGUAACAUUUACAUAAUCAAAAAUUGAGCUUGCAAAAGAAAAUUAGGAAAGUGUAGCGUUUCAUUUUUAUAUUCAUUUUACUCAUUCAAAUGCUUUUGAAUUUUAAUAAAUACGUGGUCUAUAUGAUAAAUAGUUGUGUUAGGCCAUACAUAUAUUUUUUAAGGACGGUGCAUGAUUUUGAAUAUGAUUUUCUGAUGACGAUAAUAUGAUUGAUUAGAUGCCUUCGUGCCAGUGAUAUUGCAGCAGUUACAAGUAUAGAUAAUUAAUAAUUUGAAAGCGAAGGGUUAUUAAAUUUGACAAAUUGAAGAUGAAAAUUUUGAAAAAAUUCUCUUACUAUGACUCUGUACAGAACGGGACUAUCUAACGGACCAUCUAAAUCUAAACAGAAUAAUUGGAGGAUUCCUAUCCAAAAAAAAAAAAAAAAAAAAAAAAA